AUGGCUUCGGUGACCAGCCUCGACCAGGACAUGCGCAAAUUGCGCUUGGACCGAUAUACACCUGGCGCUGCGAAGGAAGUCAGAACUUGGAUCGAAGACACUCUAGGAGAGAGAUUGCCUCCGGGAGACUUGAUGGAUGCUCUGAAAGAUGGUGUCGCUCUGUGCAAGCUCGUCAAUCUCGCAGUCUCUCCCGGCGUCAAAUACAAACAGUCCAACAUGCCAUUUGUACAGAUGGAGAACAUCUCCCACUUCCUUCGCGCUUGCGAGAUGCCGCCGCUCAGUCUUCCCUCACACGAUCGUUUCCUUACCGUUGAUCUAUACGAUUCGAAAGAUCCCGCACAAGUCUUGCAAUGUAUUGCGGCCUUCAGCCGCCGAGUGAAUGCCCUCAAUUCUUCGGCCUUUCCCACGACUAUUGGCGCAAAGACCAAAGGUUCUUCUAUGAGUCCACAAGGAACAGGAUCAAGUGGGCCUAGAUCACCGGCCUACACGACCACAAUGGCAACCAGACCUCGUGGAACUAGCAAUACCACUGCCGACAGCCCUUCGAUAACCUUCAAUCCUCUGAAUAAGGCCGCAUAUUCGGGACGGAUAAGUCCAACAAAGAAUAUCCUUGGCAGAGGUGGACUGGCUACGGGCGGCACAGUCAGCAGUUGGAGCAGUAAAGACGAGGAGGGAAAGACCGCACCGGCCUGGAAUAUACAUCAAUACGGGUACAUGGGUGGAGCCAGUCAAGGAAAUCAAGGUGUCGCAUUUGGUACAAGAAGACAAAUUACGUCUCCGACUCCAAAUGUACCAUCUCUCGCCGAGAAGGAGAAACGCCUCAAGGAGGAGGCCGAGAGAAAACGUCUCGAGGCCGAGGAAUACCAAAAACAACAAGAAGCUCAACGAGCAGCAGAAGAAGAGCAAGCGAGGCUGGAGGAAGAGCGAAGGUGGGCUGAAGAAACGCGCCGACUGAGAGAACGGGAGGCCGAAGAACAGCGAGCGGAUGAACGAAGACGCCUCCAAGAGGAAGAACGUAGUCGGCAAGAAGAGCAGCGCCGCCAGGAGCGCCUUUAUGAGCGCGAACGAGAACGUGAAGCCGCCGAGCAAGCAGAACGCGAGGUUCAGAUGGCAAAGGAACGGAAUUCUCAAAGAAGAAUAAGCGAUGCCCGCCUCAAUGGACAGUUCCUCAGUCAAUAUCAAGCGGACCAGGCUCGAAGUCCUGUCAGUGCUCCGGCACAACCUCUCGUUGAGCAGCAGACGGCAGAGAGCAGGCGGAUUGCAGAACUGGAGCGCCAACUAGAAGAGAUGAAAGCUCAACAACGACAGUCUGCUAGACCGCUGCCCGCAACCAAACCCGGGUCCGAAACUCCUGCACCCGCACUUCCGGCCGGGCCGCAAGCAGCCCAAACAAGCCAUGAGGACGAUUGGGAUGCCGCGGAGCGGGACUAUUUGAAACAGGAAUGGCAGAAAGCCCAGACCCUCCAAGACCGACUCCCUCCAAAACCACCUCGCCCAGAUCCCGCCCCUGCUACGACAUCUUCUCGCCCUCUUCCUGACCCAGCAACCUAUACGCCUGGCAUGAACCGCACAGACCGAUACCUAGCCUCACACGCACCUCCUGCUCAGCCGCAAGCGACGUCCCACCGCCCGCAAGAUUUCUCGACUACGACUGAAGUGGACCUCGAGCAACAGCGACGUAUCCAGUCACAAACACGCACCAAAGCAGGAGGGUGGGCGUCGAAAUCUCUCCUGGAGCGGGAAAUGGAGCGGGAGCGGGAACGCCAGCGGGAGUGGGAAGAAGGGCAAAAGGCGACAGCCGCGAGGGCGCGCGAUCUGAAUGAGGGCAGUGGGCCAGGACAAAGCUGGGAUGUGCAUCAAUAUGGCUAUAUGGGUGGAGACAGCCAGAACAGAGGAGGACCAGGCUUGGGUGUGGGGGGAGCCAGAAGACAAAUAAUUGGACCACGACCACCUCCCUAG